AUGUCUACUUCCCACUCCACUGGCUUCCCUAUCACCACCUACUCUGUACCCGGCGGAGCCAACAUGCUAGCCAAUGAACAACUAGAAACACCUACAUCUAUCUACUUUACGAAACAGAAAAACACUACCCCCAUGUGUAUCAUGCCCUUUCUUGGAAAGCAAGCAUUCGCUGCUCAACAGUCCAGACUCGAGUAUCUGUUGGGCACUCCAGAUGGAAAAGUUAGUUUUGGAAUCUUUGGAACGACACUUGAGAAUGAACUCCUCGAGUGGGCAGAUAGACGCGGCAAGGGCAUAUUUGGAAUUAGGUGGGAGGACCUUGCUAACAAAAGUGUGCACGCUGUCAUGCACCAAAGUUGA